UGAUUUUGUAAAAAUGGUUUCCGAGAUGCUAAUCAUUGAUGUAAAUCCGGAGACAAAAGUGUGGACAUGCCGUGUGACUGUGAUUGAAAAGCAAAACAUACGCACAGCCAAAAAUUCCCCCAUGCGUUUUAUGCCAAUGGUUCUUGUGGAUUCAGCGGGAACUAGGGUGGGGGCAACCGCUUUUGCGGCUGAUAUUAGUGCCAUUGAUGAACGUCUGCAAUUGUACUCGACCUACCUCAUUUCGAAUGCAUACGUUAAGCCAUUGACUCAACUGCGUUUCUGUAUAGACUACAACUACUAGUAUGUAUGGUCGUUCACUCGUCGAACAUUCAUUCAAGAUAACCAACUUCAUGAUGGGGUCGACUACCGUGAACUUGCUGAAGGUUCUGCUAAACCAUUUCGAGAAUUGUUUGCUUGCCACUUGACCAAUGAGAAAUUCAGUAUCUUAGCUGUUAUUGUUGCUAAACUACCCCGAGGCUUCAUAGUGACUGGUGAAAAACAAAAACUUGCAUGGGAUGUUGUUGUUGUGAAUGAAGAAUUAAUCCUUGUGCCUAUGACCAUAUGGGAAGACUUUGUGAACCGCCAUGGUGCAAACAUUGAAAAAUCGUUGGCAUUGAACGAUUGGCCUAUUAUGCUCCUUAGUAAGGCUGGCACAAAUAUUUAUCAGGGUCUGUCGCUGGCAACCCGCUAUGAUUCCCACAUGGAACUUAACCCUGGAGGUGAACGUGCUUUGGUGCUAAAAAUUUGUUGUUUGGGUAUGUGCCAAAUUGAAUCUUGCUAACACUUCUGGAGAGGCACUACAUUGGGUGCAACUAUUGUAACCGCCGCGUUUACGCUCCGGAAGGCAGUGACUUUCAGUGCAUGUUUUGUGGUCAGAAGCACAGGCAAACAGUCAAAAGAUUUAUACUCAAC